AAAGUGUGCACGUGAAAACAAAAUAUUUAUUUUCAAAUCGCAGCUCAAUUUUGUCGAGGGACUGAUCAAAUUUUGGUAUUUCUAUUCUUAAAACCGUGCAUUCCACCGGAAAACGAUGGGUAAACUGACGAUGGUGCAAAGUCUCGAUGGCCACAAGGGUCGAGUCUGGGGAGCCGGCUGGCAUCCGAAAGGUAAUGUAUUGGCCACUUGCGGCGAGGACAAAACUAUCCGGGUAUGGUCCAACGAUGGUGGCAGUGGACGAUGGCUGGCCAAGACAGUGCUAUCCGAUGGGCACAGCCGGACAAUCCGCGAUGUGUCCUGGUCGCCCUGUGGCCAAUAUUUAGCGUCGGCAAGCUUCGACGCCACAGUAGCUAUCUGGGACCGGAAGUCGGGUGAAUUUGAAUGCAAUGCAACUUUGGAGGGUCAUGAAAACGAGGUCAAAAGUGUAGCUUGGUCAAAGUCAGGUUCCCUGUUGGCAACAUGCAGUCGAGACAAAUCCGUAUGGGUUUGGGAGGUUGUACAGGAAGAUGAGUAUGAGUGUGCCUCGGUAUUGAAUACCCACUCCCAGGACGUCAAAAAAGUCGAGUGGCAUCCACACGAAGACAUUCUGGCUUCGGCCAGUUACGAUAACACGAUCAAACUAUAUAAGGAAGAUAUGGCCGAUGGUGAUUGGGCCAGCUUCGAAACGAUGGCAUCGCACGAGUCAACGGUUUGGAGCAUUUCAUUCGACGGAACGGGGAAACGUCUGGCAUCAUGCAGCGAUGAUCAAACGGUAAAAAUUUGGCAAGAAUACAAACCGGAUAACGAGGUGGGAGUAGUAUGUCCUAAUAACGUCCCCGUUUGGAAAUGUGUCUGUACACUUUCCGGGUCCCAUAACAGAAGCAUCUACGAUAUAAGCUGGAACAAACAGACCGGUCUGCUGGCGACAGCUUGCGGAGACGAUAUCCUUCGGAUAUUCAAAGAAGUGGAAGGAUCGAACAUAAACGAACCGACUUUCGAACUGGUGGCCACCAAACUAGCCCACUCACAGGACGUGAACACAGUGGAAUGGAAUCCAAUUGUGCACAAUCUGCUAGUUACAACGAGCGACGAUGGAACCAUUAAGCUAUGGGAAUUUGACGCAGAGGAAUAAGGGUUUGCUGAUUAGAGUUAGCUAUCGUUGGAAGAAAGUUUUGUUAGUUUCCUUAUCAUUUUGAUGGUUUACCAAGGACGAUAACAUUAAACAGUUU